AUGUCAUUGAUCGUUUCAUCGUCAUCAUCAAUGUCAACUUUGUUGACAAACAAUUUGGUGACAAUGUCAAGUUCAAUGCUAACUAGAAUGUGUCAUCAAAGAGCCUAUAGUAAUAUCAAUGGUACCAUAAAGAAAUAUAAUAGAUAUAAGCUAAAUCAUAGUAAUAAGUCAUUGCACAAGAGAAAUGGAUCGAUUUCCAUUUCAAAUUAUUUUAAAUCAAUGUCAAUCAAUAAUAAUGAAACAUCCAAUGUUAGUGGAUUAAGCAAACAAUUUUCAACAGCAACUACAACACAACCAAUAGUUGGUGGUAUUCCCAAUGAAAAGUUUGAGACUGUAGGUUACAGUUUGCUCCCUGUAGUCAAUAAGUUGCAAGAGAUCACUUCACUCAUUGGUUCGGAGAUCAAGUUACCACAGAUCGUUGUCAUCGGUUCACAAUCCAGUGGAAAGUCGUCGGUAUUGGAGAAUCUCGUUGGUAGAGAUUUCCUGCCGCGUGGUAGUGGUCUUGUCACCAGACGUCCACUCGUGCUACAGCUGAUCAGAAUCGAGGACAAUGCAGAGUGGGGUGAAUUCGCUCACACUGGCGAUGUCCGUUUCAACUUUGCGGGAAUUCGCGACGAGAUCGAAGCAGAGACAAACCGUGUUGCCGGUGCCAACAAAGAGAUCUCCAGCGAUCCAAUCAUCCUAAAGAUUUUCUCGCCCUACGUCAUUCCAUUGACACUGGUCGAUCUUCCGGGUAUCACACGUAUCCCCAUUGGCAAUCAGCCAACCAAUAUCGAGGAGCGAAUCCGUGAUAUGGUGCUUGACUACAUCUCCAAUCCAAACUCGAUCAUUCUCGCUAUUUCCGCUGCCAAUCAAGAUAUUGUGACAUCGGAUGCUUUGAAGUUGGCAAAGGAGGUCGAUCCAGAGGGUCGUCGUACCAUUGGUGUACUGACAAAGCUCGAUCUCAUGGAUCGUGGAACCGAUGCAAUGGAUAUCCUGCUCGGUCACACCGUACCAUUGAAACUUGGAUUCGUUGGAAUCAUCAAUCGUAGUCAACACGACAUUCAAACCAAGAAGGCAAUCAGCACAAUGUUGAAGGACGAAGAACGUUGGUUCCAGAAUCAUCCGGUGUACAGCCGAAUCGCCAAUCAAACAGGAUCGAUCUUUUUGGCACAGAAAUGCAACAAAAUCCUUACCAAACACAUUAGAGAGUCGAUGCCAGGUGUAAAGAACCAAAUUCGUGCACUCAUCAACAAGUAUCGUGAGGAACUCGAGAACUAUGGAGAACCAACUCCAGAGCGUGCCUCUGAUAAAUCUCGUUUACUCAUUGACAUAAUGAACAAAUUUGCACUACAAUUUAGAGCUGAUCUCGAAGGUGUAAAUGAUGAUCAAUUAACUGAUCAUAUUAAUGGAGGAGCUAGAAUUAGAUAUAUAUUCUCACAGGCAUUUAAGAAUACAAGUGUAAAGCCAUUCGAUUGGUUGACAGAUCAACAGUUGAGAUUGGCAUUGAGAAAUUCAUCUGGUAUCCGUCCAACAAUGUUCAUUCCACAAAAGACAUUCGAUUCUUUGAUAAAGAUUCAAAUCGAGAAACUCAAAGAUCCAGCUGUGCAAUGUGCUGAUUUGGUAUUGGACGAGCUCCUUCGUAUCUUGACACAGGUGGACUCUCAUAUCUUCUCGCGAUUCCCAGUGUUGAGAGAGCGUAUUGUUGAGGUUGCAAACAACGUACUUAGAAAGCUCUUGAGCCCAACCAACAAGAUGAUCUCCGAUAUGGUCGAUGCCGAAUGCAGCUACAUUAAUACAUCACACCCAACCUACACGGCCGAACUCAACAGACUACUCUAUAGCAACACUAAGCCACAAGACAUUCAAUACACUCAACCACAACCAGAAGUAGAGAGAAACAGCUCUGGCGGUGGAAGUGGACUCUUUGGUUUCAUCUUUGGUAAGAAACAAGAGCCAGAGAAGGUUGUCACCACCAAAGAUAAUUUAAGAAACCAAACUCAACAACAAAAUCUACUAUAUGGAAUGAACGAUAACUAUACCGAUGAAGAAAGAAAACAAAUUCAUUUAUUAAAACGAUUAUUACAUAGCUAUUUCGAAAUUGCUCAAUUCAAUGUUCAAGAGAAUACUAUCAAGGUUAUCUCACACUUUUUAAUCGAUCGUUCAAAAGAUAUCUUACAGAGAGAAUUGUCAUCAAUCCUAUACGAUGAGAAUAUGGUAGAUCACUUGUUAAGAGAAAAUGAAGUUGUUGUCGCAAGACGUAAAGAAUGUAUUCACAAACUUGAAAUUCUCAAGAAAGCAAAGAAGAGUCUAUCUGUAACCGAAUUAAAGGAUAUGCCUUUACAAUUAUAUUAA